GAUGGCUUCGCUAUCUGAGAUAGAAACGGAAUUUGGCGCAACUCGGAGGACUUUUGUCUUGUAUUUGUUGUGUUGGUGUCGAAGUACCGUCGCCUCUAUUCCGAGAUAGCAAAUAGUGUGCAGAUAUAGGGAGCUGAAUCUAGCUAGAAAGGGACCUGGGACACGACUCAGGGAAUGGAAGAACAGGCGGUGCAAAAUGGCACCCAAGAAUAAAAUAAUCGCAGCCAAAGGGAUUGGUGACCACAUCUUGGCGCCUAUUCAAAUGAAAAUGUACUUUGUCUUACAUAUGCUGUGUCGGCGCGGUGGGAUAAGGUUAAACCUGAGGCUCUAAUACCUCCUUCAUCGGGAUCUUCCGGUCUAGUCUUUGACGCAACAAUUAAGCCAUAUCAUUCCACUUCAUUUUUCGUCCUAAGUUCUUCAUUUUUGGCCAAGUGUGGUGACUGGGGCUCGUAUUUGGGUAACUAGAAAGCCGCCCCGUUUGCAUACUCGGGGCCAAGGAGGAUUACUCGGGCCUUCGGUAAGCCUGCCCCAUCGCUUAUCACAGGCGUCGUUAUUUACCUACUCUCGUUAACUAAUACUUAGCUUGAGCCAGCAAUACCUACUAAUUGAUUUGCGAUAUUGAAAGGCCCCCAUCAAUAUCCCUGCCGGAGAUCCGAACAUGACAUCCACUACGAAUGGAGUGAAUGGCCACAAGGCCUCUCAGCCUCAGAGCCUCAUCCAGACUCUAAACGGUAUACAGGCCGAAUCAUUCAAUAAUGAUGGCGAAAGAAUCGAGGCUGUUUUAGCAGCAUAUGCUCUCGUAUCUCGUCUCGAGACGCCAUGGGAUUUUGUCGCGAGGACAUGCAUGGGCCAGCCAGCACUUGGGGCUGCCUUGAAGACCGCAAAGGAUCUAAAGCUAUAUGAUAAGUGGCAUGAGCUCGGCGAUGGUGAAAUGACAUGCGAGCAGCUGUCAGAGUUGGUGUCUUGCGACUCUGCUCUCCUCUCGAACCGCGUACUUGAAGAGACCUCAAUAGGCGUUUUCAAGCCGACCAAGUUGUCUAUAUCUUUUACCGUUCCGGUCUUUGGCGAAUGGAUCAACCAUCUCUACGAUGCAACAACACCAUGUUUUUUUAAGAUGCCUGAAUUCCUGGCCCAAAAUGGCUACAAGAAUCCUGUUGAUCCUAACAAUGGCGUCUUCCAGGCGGCCAAAGGCUGGAAAGGUGACAUGUUUGACUACUACAAGUCUCACCCUGUCGAGGGCGCAUCGUUUGACCAUGUAAUGGGAGGAGUGAUGGCGAACCAAGCUGGAUGGCUAGAGAUAUUCCCGCAUAACAAGCUCUUAGAGACAGCAGACGCUCACUCACCCCUCGUGGUAGAUGUGGGAGGCAAUAUCGGCCACGAUAUAGAGCGAUUUCGCCAAGAACACCCAGAAACAGCCAGCCGGCUAUACUUAGAGGAUCUCCCGGACGUCAUUAAGCGCACCAAGUGCCCAGACGAUGUUAACAAGAUAGGCUAUGACUUCUUCACACCCCAACCCAUCAAAGGAGCGCGUGCGUAUUACAUGCAUGGUGUGCUACACGACUGGUCCGAGGAGCCAGCACGGAAGAUUCUAGAGAUGCAGAAGGAGGCAAUGAAGCCAGGAUACAGCACUCUUCUCAUCCAUGACCACAUCGCCCCUGAGACCUUGGCCCACCCGCACACUACGGCCUAUGAUCUGACCAUGAUGGUGAUGGUGGCUGGUGUAGAGCGGCGAGAGGUACACUGGCGCGCUUUGUUGAAGUCUGCUGGUUAUAAACUUGUGCGUAUUUGGAGAUCUCCGCUCGCCGUGCAGGGUGUCAUUGAGGCCGAGCUUGAUCAAUAG